CGACGGAGGAAGAGCCGCAGAUAACCGGAGCAUCUCAAACGAGAGCGCGCAGGGAAUCCCAGACCGGAAACCGGAGUAAAGGACGCGCACGUUUUGGUGAAUUGUGGAUUUGAGAUUUCCUCGCACUGGUUGAUUAAAUCUAAUUGAUCUGUCGACAUGCUGAACACGGUGGACUUCAGCGCGCUGGACUUUAUCUGCGCGCGCCCAGAGACCACCCAGCCCUCCGAGCCCACCGGUCUGCUGAAGCCUAAGCUCGAGCAGCCGGACUCUCCGUUCCUCCCCGGAUGUGCGGAAUGCUCGGAUCUCCUCCCCCCCUCUCCCUCCUCUCCUCCCUCCGUGUUUCCCCCGGAGACCGACGCCCUCCUCAACCUCAUCACAGAGAUCGUGGGUCUGUCCGCGAGCUCGCCUCCUCCGCCCUCCACCAGCUCGCGCUGCUACUGCAGCAGCGGCGGGGGCGCGCUCCUCCGCCAGGGCUCGGUGGGCUCGGUCGCGAGCUCGCUCGGUUCCCCCGGCUCGCCGUUCUGCGGCAGCGACUCCUCAGACGAGCUUUUGGACCCGGCGGCUGGGGGCGCGUGCCAACCCUUCGCUGCGCACAUCAAGCAGGAGAGCUUCGACGACUUCUUCGACGACUUGUUCGAGGACGCGCGCGCGUGCGAGCGCCUCGCCGACCUGGACGACAUCAUCGAGCUGCUCGCGCCGCUGGAGCCUACGUGCGCGCCCGAGACCUGGAUAAAGCAGGAGCCUCUUUUGUACGCGGAUGAGUGCGCGCGCGCCAUCCCGAGCCCCUCGAACUUCGCAGCCCAACUCCAGACCCCGCCCACUCUCCACGGACACGCCCUCUUCCACGCGACGUGCUUCCCCCAUGAACCCCUCACGCUGGACUCUCUGCUCCUCUCCGGCGCGUUACCGGCUACAAACCGGGCGCACGCGCCCAAAGCCACCGGAGGCCGGAAAGCCGCUGGCGCGCGCCGCGAGAAGCCCUUCCCCUGCCCCGUGGAGAACUGCGAGCGCCGCUUCUCGCGCUCCGACGAGCUGAACCGCCACGUGCGCGUGCACACCGGCCACCGACCCUUCCAGUGCCGUGUGUGCUCGCGCCGCUUCGGCCGCAGCGACCACCUGACCACGCACAUGCGCACGCACACCGGCGAGAAGCCCUUCUCCUGCGACGUGUGCGGCCGCCGCUUCGCGCGCAGCGACGAGAGGAAGAGGCACGCGCGCGUGCACAUCAAGCAGCGCGAGAGAGCACAGCAGAAAGCCGAGCUCGCGGCCGCCUGCGCCUUCGCGCUGCCGGGGCUGGUGUGAGAAAGAAGCGCGCGGCCGAAGUGGCGCGAGGGUGAGCGAGCGUCACGCAAGCUAAACCUGCUACGUUUAUGGCUGGACGGGAACGUGCCAAGUUCAAGUUCACACGCGUGAGAACGUGAAAGUUUCGGUCAGGAGGUCCUGAAACACGUCAAGUUUGGUGGCCUUCGCCAAAAGGUGGCGCGACGGUCGAAGCUACGGAAUGAUAAUGACUGUUUUGAGACUGUUUUGGCUGUGUCUUAAAUUGAGCCCUAGCUCCCUACAUAGUGAAGCAUCAUCGUCUGCAGACGGGAAGUGCGCUGAUUGGCUCAUCUUUACUGAAUGGAGCACUUUAUUACCUUUCUGGAAAGCAAGUGCAGGUGACCUCACGUGAAAACGAACUGGACUUGCGUAGCUUAGCAGUGCUGCUAACUGCUAAGCUAACUGGCUGGCUAACAGAGACAUGUACACACAUUGCUACAUUUAAUCUAAAAGAGCACAUUUGCAUUGUGGGAAACAUCAAGGGGACUAUAGCAUUUAAUUGCACUCAUUGCUACAUUGGGACAUUACGACAAAGCUACAUAGGGAACAAGGGAACAAUCCGGGUGAUUUGAGACAAGCCCCCGGAUUGAAAAGUGAAGUGAAGUGUCCUGUAUUUCUGGUGGCUUGAAUGAAAGACUUUGAACAUAAGCUAAACUCCAGAACCUCUAAUGUUGUUUUAUUUUGUUGUUACUGAAAAUGAGCUGCAUGUUUAUUCAGUAUGAAUAUGAACGUGUUAUCUGACGCUGCUAGACUCGCGGUAUAGCAUGCACUUGUUAUUUCUAUUCGUUUCUUCACACUUCUUUCUAUGGUCAGUGUUGUAUUUUGAUACAUUGCCGUGUAAAAUCCAAACCGGAGAAGCCUAUAUAUUUGUACAUAAAUAUACAUAUAUUUAUUUUUGAUUGUAUUUUUCUACUGUUCGUUUUAAGAACAAAAAUGAGAAACGAUAAAAGAGAGAAAUAUUUAUCUUCUUAUAGAUUUGAAUCCAAUUCUUGUAUUCAACUUUUGACAGUGGAAUGUGCUUCACUGGUUCGUGCGAACCUCAUGCAGAAGAAAACAUCAACACAGUAGUUGAGUUGCAGUAGCACACUUAGUUGUGCAGAUAUCUCGUCGUGCUGUUCCUCAGCGAAUAGCCUGCGUUGUCUAUAUGUAUUAUUGUUGAAUUGCCUUUUGAAACGAAUUACAGUGUUCUUGUGCAAUGCCACGCUGUUUAAAGCCUUAUGCAUAUUUUGAAAAUAAUGAAUGUUUAAAAUAAAUUGAAUAUUUAUUGUUUA